UGUUGUUCCGUUAUUAUAUGCAAAGAAAGUUAUUGGAUGAAAUCAAGUGUACCCAGAUCACACGACAACGUUUGAAAGCAUAUUUAAAAGUGUUAAAGUGUUGCAGAAUAGGUGCGUACCAGCUAGGAUUUAUGACUACUUUACUACAAGUCAACAAUCAUGAAAAACAGAUUUUUGAAACUUCUUGCCUCAGUGAUAGUGAUAUGUAUCAUACCUGCAUUAGUCUACAAUAGAUAUAUGCAGUGGGUCAUCAGGCCUCAAAUGAAGCUCAUCGAUCAGUCUCCUAACCGUAGUCAUCAGAGUCAAAGAAAAGUCUGCGGUGGCAGCCUAGCAAAUAAAGGCAUCACCUGGGUAGAUGUGGAUUUGUGUCUCAUAUCUGCCUAUUUUGACUAUUUUGUAAAAAAAACACGGGUAAUGGGUAUAAAAAAUCGAAGCCGUGGUUCCAACUUCAAGUGCAUAUUUUGUUGCAGUAAUAGCACAUUACAGCAUACAACAGCUGAAGCUGUAGUUCAUUCUGACCAUUUUGAUUUCCCUUACGGGCAUACGGAUAUCCUAUGUAGCCAGCCAACAAAUGACUGUGGAUUAGCGUAUGUUUCAGUUAAUGACAGUAGCAGCAAUGUGAAGUCCUUGCACUUUUUAGAAAUUAAGAAUAUUCAAGAAAAACAUAAUAUGGAAUACACAUUUGUUGUGUGUAUUUCACCCAUGUUUGAUAACUAUGACAAAGUAAUACAAUUUAUUCAACAUGUAGAGAUGUACAAGAUUCUGGGAGCUCAAAAGAUUGUAAUUUAUUUGACUAAUUCUAGCUCACGUAUGGAGAAAGUGCUUGACCACUAUAGUAGGAGUGGACUUCUUGAGUUAGUACAGUGGCCAAUUGAGUCAUAUUUCACACCAUCACAUGGUUGGAAGUUUCCUGAUCAUCCUGGUGAUAUCCACUAUUUUGGACAAAUUGCUGCAUUAAAUGAUUGUGUUUAUAGAAACAAGUACAAAGCACAGUAUGUAGUCAUUAAUGAUCUAGAUGAAAUUGCUUUUCCUGUACAACAUGAAAACUGGGCACAGUUGCUGGAGUACCUUAAAGUGACUUACCCAAAGGCUAAUAACUUUAUGAUUAGGAGUCACGUUUUUCCUGAGUAUAUGACUGAUGAAAAUAACACAUUUAAAAUGAAAAACUGGGACGUGGUUAUGAAAGGUAAAGAUUUAAAUAUUUUAGAACAUAUUUAUCGUGAGCCAGAUAGAUCAUGGGUUUUCAAUCCUAUGAAAAUGAUUGUUAGUCCACAAUCAAUACAACAUACGUCGAUUCAUCAGAUUCUUAUUUCACCCCCAGACAAAGAGACAAUAACAUUGGACAGUAACAUUGCUCGACUGUGCCACUUCAGAAAGCCAGAACAACCAGAGUUAAAAAAAUCUGAUCUAAUAAAAGACACAUCAUUUUGGAAAUACAAUGUUUCACUAAUUGAAAAUGUAAAUGAAGUCCUACAAAAAACAGGUAUAUCUGUUCGUCAGUAAAGACAUUUAAAAUUGUUGCAGAAAAAAUGUAUUUGAGAUCAACAGUCGGGGAUUUAUUGUACUUUAAAGAACCAAAAAAUGGGUCAGACUUGCAGAAACAAAUGACCAAAAACGGAUGCAAUGCAGGUGCUGUAUCUGUUACAGGAAUCAUAUCCAAAUGAAGAAUAUAACCCCCCCCCCCC